UGUUUUACUGAAAUGUUACUUAAAGUAAAGCAUCCCUUGGAACAUCCUUUGUUAGAUCACUUAUAAUUAUAAGUUAACUAGUGGUUCUUAUCAAAACAUGACCUAAUAUUCAAGAUAAUUGUAUGUGAAUUUAUUAUUGGGGAUAUGCAAGCUUGGCGUUUGAACAAUCUAUGUAAAAAGACAAUGAGACAAAAGGUUUUGAAAUUAACCCGUAUUUUCUAACUUCUUGCUACUUUUUAUUGGGGGGUUGAUUACCAUGCCAUAUACUGUAUGUCUGCUUAAGGGGGAAGCGCCAAUUCCCAGUGCAAAAAAACAUUAAGACCCCACCACUUCUUGUUGGACUGCAAAACUUACCAAUUUCCGGAAUCUUAAUGUCACCAGGAUAAGUGUAAAGAUGGUUGCCGAUUAAUCUGUAUUAAUCAAUCCCGAUUUAAAAAAAUAUAUAUUUUACCUCCAUUCACCAUUGUGUGCAGUUUAAUGAUACUUGUAUUAAUAUGUGAAUAAUUCUGUGGAAAUGGGACAUAAAUGGCACAGCAAAAGUUUCUCUUUUUUGCAUUUUAGAAAGGUUAAGGCCACCAAAGCUGAGAUAGAGGACAUGGAAAAGGUGCUAAUUGACUAGGCCCAGCUUGCGGUCCACAGAACAAGCAGAGACAGAUGGGGUUUGGCGGCGGAGAUGCACCAUACAUUUAACUACUCCGGUUAGAUCAUCUGCACACGCUAAGCCUACAUUGGCGACCUCCUCGCCAUAUGAAACAAAGGGGAAAAUUCACUGACAGGGGCUGUAACUAAAAACUCACUCGAUAUGGAUUGACUUGAACAUCUUGGUUGUGUUUUUCCAUUGCAUAUUGCAUCAAAACAUUACAAAAUAAUGGUAAUUAUGGUGUAUUAGAGAGAUAUUUCAAAUAAUUUGUAUUCAGAAAUUUACUUUGAACAUGAUUAUAGCGUUUCUACGUAAUAUGACAAAAACAGACUAUUUCUGACACUCGCUGGUUCCGGCUUGAUCAUAUAUUUCCUAUUAAAGAAUAACGUGUUUCUGUCCCGACCCCCCAUUGACGCUGCAUUUGUUGAUGUCUCCGUUUUGUACGUCCUGCGGGGGUUUAUCGUACGUUUGCAGCUAUUGGACAUUACUUUUCUGGUCUAUAGGUGUCUGUUAAUAAAGUCGUGAAAUUACUAAAAACACGCAAUAACAAACAUCAUCUUAGACCUACCUGUUAAUUCGGCGCAGGAUUGAUUAUGUUUCCGUGACGAGGUUCAGACCGCAUGUACCUACAAAUCCUCACCUGAGACGAUUCUCGGAGGUUUGUGGGUCUGUGUGCGCACAACCCAACCUUUAUUUUACUUAAAGGUAUUUCAAGGACCUAUAACCAGCAGCAAAGCAGUAGGACAACAUGACUGUAGAGGAGGUCAUUAACAUCAGGGAGACAGAGAUCAUAAAAUUGAUCCUAGACUUCCUCAACUCUCGCAAACUGCACAUCAGCAUGCUAGCUCUGGAGAGGGAGAGCGGCGUCAUCAACGGCCUCUAUUCGGACGACAUGCUCUUCCUCAGGCAGCUGGUGCUGGACGGCCAAUGGGACGAGGUCCUUCAGUUCAUCCAGCCUUUGGAAUGCAUGGAAAAGUUUGACCGAAAGAGAUUCCGCUACAUUAUCCUGAGGCAGAAGUUUCUGGAGGCUCUCUGUGUGAACAACGCCAUGUCCGCCGAGGAGGAACCCCAGCAUCUGGAGUUGACCAUGAGGGAGGCAGUCCAGUGCCUCCACUCCCUAGAAGAGUGCUGCCCAUCCAAGGAUGACUACCGUAAGCUGUGUCUGCUGCUGACGCUGCCGCGCCUGACGCACCAUGCCGAGUACCGGGACUGGAGCCCCAGCACGGCCCGCGUGCGCUGCUUCGAGGAGGCCUGCGCCAUGACGGCCGAGUUCAUCCCGGCCAACCGCAAGCUGAGCGAGGCGGGCUUCCGGGCCAGCGGCGACCGCCUCUUCCAGCUGCUCAUCAAGGGCGUGCUGUACGAGUGCUGCGUGGAGUUCUGCCAGAGCCGGGCCACGGGCGAGGAGAUCACGGAGAUCACGGAGAGCGAGGUGCUGCUGGGCCUCGACGUACUCUGCGGCAACGGCUGCGAGGACCUGGACCUCAGCCUCCUCUCCUGGCUGCAGAGUCUGUCUCCGGACGUCUUCUCCUGCGCCUUUCAGCAGAAGAUGCUCAGCAUCCAGGUGGACAAGCUGAUGAGGCCGACCAAGGCGGCCCAAGCAGACCUCCUCACCCCCCUCAUCAGCAAGCUGUCCCCCUGCCCCGUAUCCCCCGUGCGCCGGCCCCAGUCCGCCGACACCUACAUGUCCCGGUCCCUCAAUUCCGCCCUGGAUGGCCUCACCAGCGGUCUGUCCGGCAAGGAGAAGCGAGUGGCCGAUGUCAAAAACAAGAUCUCACCCUUGUCACACUCCUUUGCCAACUUCCAGUACUCUGGUGGAGCAAACCUGACCCGGAACCUGAUGGAGAACUCGGGUUUCCAAGCCAGGGACUCUCCUGAGAGGCUGGACGUUCCAGUGGAUAGUAGGGCAGGUUCUGGGUCACCCCAUUUCCCACGAUCCUCUUCAGCUCCCGGUGGCGAGGCUUUGUCCUCUGAGAACAAUGAGUUCCAGGAGUACUGCAGGCAGCGCAUGCGCGUGCAACAGCACUUGCAACAGAAGGAGCAGCAGAGACAGCUCUACCGGCAGAUGCUACAGGAGGGGGGGGUACACCAAGAGGAGGGGCCCAAGGCGCAGCAGAACCUCACUGAGAAGUUCCUCAACAGGUCCAUUCAGAAGCUGGAAGAACUGAAUGUGGGAAUGGACCACCUAGGAGGUGACGUGCAGUCCCUGAGCCAGCAGUGCAACGGGAGGCCGAGGAGCACAGGCCCCGCCCACAACAACCAACCCACCAAUCAGACUCUUGAGGGACAAAUGCUGCGGGGUGGCCCUAAUAUGGUCAGCAGCACGCCCCAAACGGACAGAGCCUGUGUCAUGCCCCUGCUGACGGAAUCCCCAAUUCUCAUCCCCCGGAGUAUGCAGAAGGGCAGGAUUGCCCAGGCUGGUGCUGCGGAGGAGUCUGACUGCUCCCUGACCUGCAGCAGGCUCAUGGAGGAGGAGGAGCCCAAGGCUCUCUUUGUGGCCGUCAGCGUCCUGGAAGACACGCAGGCCGUCCGUGCGGUGGCCUUCCACCCUUCGGGCGAGCUGUAUGCCGUCGGCUCAAACUCCAAAACUCUCCGGGUCUGUGCCUACCCGAAUGGCCCUGAUACCCGUGGCUCAGACGUCCCCAAGCAGCCCGUCGUCCAAUUCAAGAGGAACAAGCACCACAAGGGCUCCAUCUACUGCGUGGCCUGGAGCCACUGCGGCCAGCUGCUGGCCACCGGCUCCAACGACAAGUACGUCAAGGUGCUGCCCUUCAGUGUGGAGACCCAUAAUGCCUCAGGUCCAGACCUGGAGUUCAGCAUGCACAAUGGGACUGUCCGAGACCUGGCCUUCAUGGAGGGGCCGGAGAGCGGGGGUGCCAUCCUGAUCAGCGCCGGGGCCGGAGACUGUAACAUCUACACCACCGACUGCCAUCGGGGCCAGGGGCUGCACGCACUCAGCGGGCACACGGGCCACAUCCUGUCCCUCUACACCUGGGGAGGGUGGAUGAUCGCGUCGGGAUCCCAGGACAAAACCGUGCGAUUCUGGGAUUUGCGGAUCCCUACCUGUGUCAGGGUGGUGGCGACGACGCUGCACGGCACAGGUAGUGCGGUAGCUUCCGUGGCCAUGGACCCCAGUGCCCGGCUCUUGGCCACGGGCCAGGAAGACUCCAGCUGCAUGCUGUACGACAUACGGGGAGGCAGGAUUGUGCAGACCUACCGGCCCCACGCCAGCGACCUCCGCUCAGUGCGCUUCUCUCCAGGGGCGGCCUACCUGCUGACCGGGUCCUAUGACGGCAAGGUCAAGGUCACCGACUUGCAAGGGGACUUGACCAAGCAGCUGCCCGUCAUGGUGGCAGGGGAGCACGCAGACAAGGUCAUCCAGUGCCGGUGGCACGUGCAGGACCUCUGUUUCCUGUCAUCGUCCGCGGACAGAACCGUGACGCUCUGGGCCCACAGACCUUAGUGCUGGCGGCAGAGGAACUCCCCAUGAAGAUCAGCGUACAAAAUCGCCACCUUCACUGUCACCGUCCCCCCCAAGCAAGCCUGAGGAAAAAAAUGUGAUGACAUGGUCUCUCGGAAACCAUCAUUGUGCUGGAUCACUCAGAUUUCACCGUUUUCCACUGCUCUGUUUUUGAAGGUACGUUUAUACAUCUGAUAGUGAGGAAAUGAAUGCCGCGAAUGGUAUUCCUGGUCACAUUUUCCAUUCAAAUCAUAGUGUAAAAAAAGAUAGUAUGUAUAUUGUGCCUUGAGAGAGCAGUAUGUUUGAAUUAGUCUAUAAGAAUGCAUCUCAUUGCAAUAAUAUCAAAAAGUAACAAGUUUGAGUGUGGUAAUUGUGGUGUAACUAUUCUUUUGUGAGAUAAUGGAAAAAGCUAGCGCUUCUGUGUUUCCUACAUUUUUAAUUUAAUUUUAUGGUAUUCCCGUUUCUGCAGAAUUUACCGUACAGCCAUUAAGACACUGUAAAUUCUGGAGAUUAAGGAUUUUUCAGCAUAACUUUAAGGAAUUUUAUUAAUGAGAAAUGCAUUUCAUUUUCCUAUAGGAAUCCUUAUGGGACCCCUUAAAAAUCUGAUUUUUAAAUUAUGGUCUUAUUUGUGCAGAAUGACAAGGAUCUAAAUCCUAUUCUAGAAAUGAUUGCAAGUAUUGAUGCUGUACUUGCAUUUCCCAUUACAAAUAAUUUACUUAUGUUUGGUAUUAAUAUGAUAAGAAAUCUUGGUGACUGUUUUGAAAUUUAUACCCAACUGGCUUUACAGCAUGACAUUUCAAUUUGACAUGUUUAAUAUAAUAGAAAGAAAUGCUGAAGAGUAAUUACCUAUUACGCAAAAAAUGUUCUCUUCUCCUAUAUAUAAUUUUUGCACUUUGUCAAGGUAAAUUUGAUGCAAAGCUAAUUCAACCUCAAACACUAUUUCUUUGUGCUUUUUUUCUGGAAUUGUCACUUUAAAUGUUGUGAGAAUA